GCCCCGGCCUGCGGCCCGUCCCCGCCGCUGCUCGGGAAAGCCGGGGAGGCGCGGGGGGGGGGGGCCGGGCAGCCCCUCUGAGCGGCCCGGCUCGCGUUCUCCCCGCAGCGGCGGGACCCUCGGCGGGGCCGGCGAGCCCUUCUCCGUGUUAGCGCUGCCCCCGCGGGCAGCCCUGCGCCGGCCCGGCGCCCGGGGCGUGGAGCGGGCGCUGGUGCUGCCCGAGGACGACCCUCCCGGGCCGGGCCUGGGGGGCUGCCCCGCGGGGCCGGGCUCCCGGCGUGCCGAGAGCCGCUAGCCGGGGCUGGAUGGGGAGCUUGCUGCUCCUCGGCGUCGUUCCUUUCAGCGGCGGCUGGCUUUAUUGUUUCUGCCUUGCCUAGGAGCUUCUUGCAGACGUCUGUGUCGUGUUGUGCCUGUGCCAUGUUAGUUUCUAUAUCCCACCUCAGCUGUGUCUUGCUUUCUGAAGCUGUAGUGCUAUUAAUAAAUAAAUUUGGUUUUAAAUAUAAGAUUUUUAGGGAAAUGUGGCUUUAAUUCGUGUCCAGAGGAUUUAUUGGCGCAUGAGUUGGCAGUGGGCUGCCCUGUUGUAGGAGCCUGCUCGGCCUGGCAGGCCCUUUCUGUGUGGGGGAUUGGCACUGUUGAGCUGCCCCGGUGUGUAGUUGGCCUCUCUGGCUCUGUUGGUAGAAAAAGACUUAAUGUGGAAAUUAGUUGUUCGCCUGGUGUGGCAUGCCUAAACCUGGGACAAUAUUCAUUUAUUCUUACUGUGGUCUUAGGAGUCCUAAAUGGCCUUUAACUAUGUAAUCUACCAAGUGGAAAACGAGUUGGAUUUGGAACGAAAGCAAAAUGGCUCGAGGACGCAAGAGCAAUAGCAUCAAACAGAGCGACUUCACUAACAGCACCAAUCCUCAGGAUUUAGAGAGAAGACUUUUUGUCGGCAAUUUGCCCACAGACCACAUGACUCGUGAAGAAAUGGAAGAGAUAUUUUCAAAAUAUGGCAAAAUCAGGGCCCUCAGCAUGUACCAUGGCUAUGGGUUCGUGCAGUAUGACCGUCUAGAAGAUGUCCAGGCCGCUCUGGACGGUGAGAAGGGUCGCCUUUAUAAAGGGUAUAGAUUAGAUAUUAAAAAAGCAGUGGAAAGAAGAAAUAUGAAUAAGGCUUCAUCAAGGUCCAGUCCGGCACGAAGAGAACCGUAUGCCUACGGGGAUGGCCGAGAUGCCAGACGUGACCGCUCCCCUCUCCGGGGGAGCCCACGGAGAGACCCCAGAGAUGGCAGGGAUGGUAGAAACGGGCGAGAUUCCAGAGACACUCGAGACAUUCGAGCUAGAGACAUGCGUGACACCAGAGACCACAGGGACCCACGGGACCUGCGAGACCCACGGGAUAUCAGGGAUCCAAGGGACUUGCGGGACCCUCGUGACGUUAGAGAUCUUCGUGACCCACGGGAGCCACUGUACGAUCGAUACAGGGAUCCAUGGGAUAUGAGAAAUCCGCGGGAUGUGAGGGAUCCACGGGAUAUGAGGGAUCCACGGGAUAUGAGAGACCCUCGGGACCCUUUGUACAGACGAGAUGAAGCUUACGACCGUUACCUUCGCCUUGAGGACUACUAUCGGCGGAAGGACGACUCUUACUAUGACCGUUACAAAGAGCAUUUUGACAGAGCACCAGUGAAUUCGGAAGACCGUCUGAAGCGUGAGGAGCGGCGCCGAGAGGAGCUGUAUCGUCAGUACUAUGAGGAAAUCAAGAGACGUUUUGAUGCAGAGAGACCUGUGGAUUGUUCUGUGAUAGUGGUGAAUAAACAGACAAAGGACUACGCGGAGUCGGUGGGGCGGAAAGUGCGGGAUCUGGGCAUGGUAGUGGACCUGAUCUUCCUCAACACAGAGAUGUCACUGACGCAAGCCCUGGACGAUGUGAGCAGAGGCGGGUCUCCUUUUGCCAUUGUCAUCACCCAGCAGCAUCAAGUUCACCGCUCUUGCACUGUUAACAUCAUGUUUGGCACCCCGCAAGAGCACCGCAACAUGCCCCAGGCUGAUGCCAUGGUGCUGGUGGCGAGGAAUUACGAGCGCUACAAAACAGAGUCACGGGAGAAGGAGCGCGAGGAGAUCGCCCGCCAGGCUGCCAAGAUGGCAGAUGAGGCUGUUCUGCAGGAGCGGGAGCGCCCACCCGCCGCGGAGGAGGGCGCCAGGGGAGGUCACCCCCCAGGGAUUCAGACUCUCUUGAACCUGCUGGCAGACAAUCGCUAUCUCACCGCCGAGGAGACUGAUAAAGUAAUUAAUUACUUGAGAGACCGGAAGGAGCGGUUGCUGAGGGGAGGCAGUGACUCUCUGCAGGCGUCCAUGUCAAGACAGUCUUUGGGGGCACCUUCAGGAUCAUCACUGGGUAGUCAGUCCAGCCUUCCAAGCUCUCAGGCUCAUCAGGGUUCACAGCCUUUGGUCUCUGCUCCUUCUGUUCCAGUGUCCUCGUCUAAUCCUCAGCAGGAGCUUCAAGCAAAAAUCCUCAGUCUCUUCAACAGCGGGGCAGCAGCUGCGGUAGCAAACAGCAGCUCUGCAGCCUCUGCGGGCCCUUCGGGCAGCGCUCCGAACCAGAACUUUGCAAACAUGGCCAGUGGGCAGGCCCGGCCAGCACAGAUGAGCGCUGGAAAUUUAAACCAGGCUCAGCAGAGAUUGCAGACUCCAAGCACGCAGCUUCCUGCUCUCCAAGGCCCUUCAAGAAAUGCAGGUCCAAGACCUGGAGCUCCUCCACAAGCUCAGCCACUCUAUGGUCAGCACCAAAAUCGCCUCCCUGCACCUGGCAAUGUACCUGCUCAAAGGCCAGUAUCUUCUGGUAUCAACUUUGACAACCCCAGUGUACAGAAAGCCUUGGACACCCUUAUCCAGAGUGGUCCCGCACUCUCCCACCUGGUGAGCCAGACCGUGGCCCAAGGGCGAGCAGGGUCCUCAGCCCAGCAACCUAUGGGCUCCUACCAGCGACACUAUUAAAGCUGAGCUGUCAGGCCCUUUCCCCUUCCCUUUGCCAUUCCAUACUCAUAGCUGUUUAAACAGUCUCCUACCCUUGACACAGGCCAAGUGCCCCUGGAUAUGCAUGUCCUCUCCACUUCGGCGAGAGUGUACCCCCAGCGGCAUUGCUGCUGACUGUGACUAGCGCUGCCCGUCCUCACCUUGGUCUGGUUAGCAGUGUUUGGAGAAGUAGGCCCUGUUUUCUCAGUGGCAUGAUGUGCUAAGAGCUGCUUUGGAUAAUCGGUUGUUUUGUCUGGUCCGGGAAGCUGCUGCAAUGACAGCCCUCCUGCGUUUUCCUCACCCCCAGAAGCCGGUGCGUCUUCACAGUGUGAUGCAGUCUGGUCUCGCUGAAUGGUCUUAGCAUAGUUUAAUGGUUAGUGGUUUUGAGGAAAUACGGGGCUGCACAGAGCGGGACACUGACUGGGCCUUCUUGGAGACCCACCUUUUUGGAAUGGGCACUACUUUUCUUUGGAUUUCUUUUUUUAUUUCUUUUGUUAAUGUCAUAUAAGCCUGUUGGAAAGUACAGUGGUAGCGCUAGCAGCUGAACUCAUGAAGCACAUGCCUGACCACUACUCAGUGACCCAGGACUGUGCCGUGUGGCCCGUCUCUGGCUGGACUGUCACAUCCUGGCAGAGCGAGGCGGAGGCGCGCUCCUCACCUCACCCAGCUCACGGAGGCUGCCGGCUGUGCUCUGAGUACUGUGGCAGAAAUGAAACACGAGAGCUUCCAGCCAAGGCAGGGACUUCAAACGGUCUGUCAAUCUUCCUACACCCAAGUAGUCAGUGUUAAGAUCAGUCUGCUAAAUUUGGCAUAUAAAUUUCCUUUUCUUACAAUCUUGCUUUGGGAUGGUUGGCUACUGUAGCCCAACAGCUCAGCCGCAGCCCCACUGACGUGGUGCUGGCCCUCCCUCGGGAACACCUGCAGCCGGUUACCGGGUGGUGAACGUCUACUCUCUGCAACUUCAUCUCACUACUGAUUGGUGUUUUGUCCAUCUAAGGUGGAGAGGCAGUGCCAAGAUGCAAUACCAUAAUUUUAUACAUUUUUUUCAACACUUUGCUAGCUGCAGCGGACAGUUGAGUGGAAAAUCGGGCCGUGAUUCUUCACCGUGUUUUUAAGCAGUAACAUGAUUUGAUACCAGAACACAGAACAUCUCUUAACUAUGUGGUCCUCCCCGUCACCGCCUUCUUAGAGUCUGUAGGCUUCCUGCAGAGAACUAAGAGAAACUAAGAAAGCAGUGUUCUUGGAGCAGAGGGUUCUCUUUGUUCUUUGUCCCAGGUGGUUUGUGUUGUAGCAUUUUUUUUUUUCUCUGUGCUGUUAACGAGAGGACAUUACUUUCUAAUAAAAAGGCAGGAAAAAUG